AGCUCCGCUAUGUCUCCACUCAGCUUCCCACAGUGGUUAGUGCUGGUCCUGCCUCUCCAGACCUGGGCGACGGAUGGGAGCCUUUCGACACACUGCCAGCAGUGGAUAUACUCCAACAGCCUGGAAGACCCCAGCCUCUCUCAGGAUGGAGAUGUCAUUUUGGGAGGACUCUUCCCCCUUCACUUUCGGCCCAUAUCUCCAGACGCGACACUCACCAAACCCCCGAAAUCACCGCAAUGCCAGAGUCUCCAGGCACGAUCAAUGCGCUGGGCACAUGCCAUGGUUUUUGCAGUGGAGGAGAUCAACCAGAAUCCCUUCCUGCUCCCAGGGGUCAAAAUGGGGUACAGGAUCAUGGACAGCUGCGGGGAGCACCCCUGGUCCCUGCAGGGGGCUCUGGCACUGGUCAGUGGGCGAAACCACACUUGCAGCAAAGUCCUUGCCCUCAUUGGAGAUGCCGCUUCCACACAGUGUAUCAUCCUAUCCAGAACUCUGGGACCACUGGGCUUUCCUCUGGUCAGUUAUCAGGCCAGCUGCGCUUGUCUCAGCAACAGGCGUGAGUUUCCUAAUUUCUUCCGGACGAUCCCCAGUGAUUUUUACCAGGCCCGGACCAUGGCGCAGCUGACAAAGCGAUUCGGCUGGACCUGGGUGGGCGCCAUUGCUGCCGACAAUGAUUAUGGGCUUUUGGCGAUCCAGGCCUUCUCUGAGGAGGUGAAGGGAGCCGGGGUGUGCCUGGAAUUCUUCACAACGCUGUCACGGAAGCGAUUGGAGCACGAUGUGGCUCGGGCGGCAUCAGUGGUGGAGCGCUCCUCUGCCCGAGUGAUCCUGGUGUUUGCCUGGUACACAGAUGUGGAGACGCUGUUCCUGGAGCUGGUCAGGCGUAACAUAACAGGCAGGCAGUUCCUGGCCAGUGAGGCAUGGAGCACCAGUGACAGGCUCCUGCAGAACACUGCCCUCUCCAGCGUUGCCCGGGGAGUUCUGGGCGUGGCCAUACGCAGCGCUCCCAUCCCAGGGCUGGAGGAACACCUGCGCAGCCUCCAUCCUUCCCAGGAGCCUGGGAGCACUCUGAUGUUGGAGCUGUGGGGACUCAUGUUUGGGUGCAGCCCAGUUUCGCAGAAUUCAUCUGCCUCACAGCUGCUGCCCCCUUGUGUAGGUACAGAGACACUGCAGUCAGUGCAGAGUACCUUCACAGACACCUCCCAGCUGAGAAUAACCUACAAUACUUACCUCGCUGUAUAUGCUGUGGCCCAUGCACUCCACAGCCAGCUGUCAUGCACUGGAAAGAACAGCACCUACGGGAGCCCACACUGUGCCACCACCGGUGAUCUCCAACCAAGACAGCUGAUACGUCACCUUAACCGGGUGCAUUACACCACCCAACUGGGAGAUGAGAUCCAAAUCGAGGGUGGGGACAUUCGAGCGGUGUACGACAUUGUGAGCUGGCAGGACAGCCCUGAUGGCUCACUGAAGUAUGUCACCAUUGGGAAAAUGGAAGGGUCCGAACUCCACAUUAAUGACUCAGCCAUUGUGUGGGUCGGUGGUGCUAAGACGGUCCCACUCUCUGUGUGUUCUAAAGAAUGCCCCCCAGGAACACGCAAGGCAGUGAGGAAGGGUGAGCCCAUCUGCUGCUUCGACUGCCUGCCCUGUGCAGACGGGACCAUCAGCAACCAGACAGGUUCAGUGGAAUGCAAGCAAUGUCCUGCAGAGUUCUGGUCAAACAAUCACAGGAAUGAAUGUAUUCCUCGUGAGGUGGAAUUUCUGUCAUUUGAGGACACAAUGGGCAUCACCCUGACAACGAUAGCUUUGUCAGGUAGUGGCAUAACAGUGGCAGUGGGUGUGGUCUUUCUGUACCACAGACACACCCCUCUUGUAAAGGCCAAUAACUCAGAGCUGAGCUUCCUGUUGCUGCUGUCCCUCACACUCUGCUUCCUGUGUGCGCUGGUGUUCGUGGGCCGGCCCUCAGAGUGGUCCUGCCUGGCCCAGCACCUGGUCUUUGGGAUCAGCUUCGUGCUCUGCCUCUCCUGCAUCCUGGUCAAAACCAUUGUGGUUCUGGUUGCAUUUCGGUCUGCCAGACCUGGUGCCAACAUGAUUAAGUGGUUUGGACUGGUUCAGCAGCGGGGCAGUGUGGUCCUCUUCACUGGCAUCCAGGUGUUCAUCUGUAUCUUAUGGCUCUCCCUCAGUCCCCCUUACCCACAUCGCAAUACAGGAUUCCAGGGGUCAAAGCUCAUUCUGGAGUGUGCGGUUGGGUCAGCACUGGGGUUUGCCUGCGUCCUGGGCUAUAUUGGCCUGCUGGCAGCCAUCUGCUUCCUGCUGGCCUUUUUAGCCAGGAAGCUCCCAGACAACUUCAAUGAGGCCAAGUUCAUCACCUUCAGCAUGCUCAUUUUCUGUGCUGUCUGGAUCGCCUUCGUCCCCGCCUACGUCAGCUCCCCAGGGAAAUACACAGUUGCCGUGGAGAUAUUCGCCAUCCUGGCCUCCAGUUUUGGGCUCCUGCUCUGCAUUUUUGCCCCAAAGUGUUACAUCAUCCUACUGAGGCCAGAGAACAACACCAAGAAGUUCUUAAUGGGGAAAACAUAAGCGCACUAAAACAGAAACAAUAAGACCUACAUUCUUUUAUAUUUAAUAGAAUAAUUUUUCAUUUGUAUGAGCUUUUAUUGUUAAAUGACUUAUCACACAAAUUAUCUUUAUUUUUACAAUCCACCCACCAUUUCAAUUAUUCAUUCAUGCCUGUGAGCUGGGGCAAUAAAUAAAAUCUCUUGAUACUUUUUCAGAUUUUUGUGUCCAAUAUAAUUUAAACAUAGCACUCACUUUUUUAUAUUUAUAAUUAAAUAACUUGGUAAUGUGCUUCGAUUUAAUAGAAGAGAAGACUAAGUGUCCAACAGCACCUUUAAAGAAUUUAAUUGUUUGAAUAUGCAAAGAAUAUGUUUAAAGAAUUAGUUAAUAAUUGUAUUAUUUUUCUGAAUUUCU